AUGGCCAGCGAAGCGAGGAUGGGGGAGACCCCGCCGAGGUGGAGGAGAGCCCAGGAGGCAGCGCAGGACGCCCGGGGAAUGGAGAGCAGCGGGAUGGUCUUGCCCCGAAGUACCGCUGCUGAACUGGGACUUCCAGGCUGCCCGGAGCCCGGCAAGCUGAGCUAUGGAACGGAGAAGGGGUGUUCCUGGAGGGGCUCCGAGGGAUGCUUGGGGCCGGGUCGGGAGCUUGCCGGCGGCCAGCUGGGCUGCCCCUACCCGCCGGCCCCACCGUGCCUGCGGGACGCCUUGUGCCGCCCCAAGGAUGGAGCUGAGCUCCCGCCGCUGCUGCCGCCCAGGAACGGGCAGCCCAAGGCGGGCUGGGCUGAGCCCUGCAAGGAGCACCCGGGGCCACGGUGGGCUGAGGCCGUGCUGGCCCCCCUGGCCCUCUACAGCCACGCGUACCACCGCUACCCCUCGCCCUUCCCGGGGCCGGAGAGCCAGCGCCCCGGCACCACCGGCAAGCCCCGCGCCGCUGUAGGAGACGGGGCCGGUGACUCCCCGGCUUUCCGCCACUGCCCCUUCCUCCUGUCCUCGCUGCUGCCCACCGUACCCCCAGCUGACCCCCCGUUUGGUGGCGGGGGGCCGGAGGGACCGGGGGCGAUGGGCGACGGGCGUUUCGCCGGCGUGGACUGGCGCCUGGGCUCCUACGCGCCCGCCUGGGGCCAGCCGCUCUACCUGGGGCUCCCGCCGAGGUGCAAGGCAGCUCCGACCCCCUUCGACGACUGCUCCGGCUCAGGGAACAAGGAGUUUUACCCGAAGAAGGAGCCUGGCUUCCACCCCCCGGCCAAGGACCAAGCGCCAUCACAGCUGCUGGGCAAGGGGCAGGACAGAGACAGGGAAGGGGAACCGGUGGUGCCGGAGCUGCCGGGAGCCCCGUGGAGGGAUGGCCGAGCAGGGGCCAGCUCGGUGGUGCCCGCUCCCCAUGCCCGCACGCCUCCCCCCGGCACCAGCCACCCCCUCUUCCUCCUGCAGCCCAGCGCAGCGGGGGGCUGCGGGGGUCCCUGGGUGGGCACGCGGCCCCACGCCGCUGAUUUCCCCCCAGAACUGGGGCCAGGACGGCCCUCUGAACCCAAAGAUGAGCGCCUGGCAUACCAAAGCCUCCAGCCCGGCUCGCCGCUGGGACCAGAGGAGCCCGACCCAUCGCCUCCGCUUACGGACGGGCAAUACCCGAUGGCCCAUGCCAAGCCGGAGCCGCCCCCGGCUUGCCUCUGCACCACGCCGGGCUGCGAUGGGUGCCCGGGGGUGGGCUGCGGGGUGCUCGGCCCUUUCGAGCCCACCCUGGGCAACCCUGGGGGCCGUUUUCCAUGCCCACCCACCAACCACACCAAGCUAAAGAAGACCUGGCUGACACGGCACUCGGAGCAGUCGCUGCCGCGCUGCAAGGCUCCCCGGCGGGACGGUGGCCCGGAGCCGGCCGGUGAGGGCAAGCGCUCGGCCAAGCGCCCGCACGGCACAGCCGACGGACCCCGCGCUGCCGGCGAGGGUGCCGGGGCAGCCAAACGGGGCGCGAAGGCCACCGAGCACGUGGCCACGGCAUGCCUGGGUGAUGGCACGGAGAGCGGAGGGGACCCGGAGGAGAGGAGGAUGGAGCUGGGAGAGGGAGACUCGCCGAGCCAUGCUGGCCCGGAGCUGCGGGAGCCGUGGUGCUUGCAGAGCGUGCCCUGCACCGACCUGCCCGAGAGCAUCCCCCGGUGCUGUGCCUGUGCCGCCCGGGCCACGGGGGACCCCAAGGGCGAGGAGGAGGAGGAGGAAGAUCCCCCCGAGAGCACCUGCAGACUGCUGCAUUUCCGUAGGUUUGCCUUCGGGGACGGCGGAGAGCUGGGUGUCGAUGGCUUCUGCACCCUGGGGGAGACGGAGGGGGACACGCUGCGGCUGGAGGCAGCCGGCCCCGAGCGAGGGAACAGGAGUGCGGGCAGCAGCCUCUGCCUGGCCAAAUACUUGCUGGGGGUCCUGGGGGACCCCUUCUGCCAGGCCGUCCGCAGGGACAGGGACGUGUGGCCGGGAGCCCCUGGCAGGCCCGAGGGGGUGACGGCCUGGAGGCGGGGGGAAGGAGCCCCCCAGUUCUGCGACGCCUGCCAGCGUGGCUUCUUCAACUCCCACUGGAGCUGCGCCAGAUGUGGCUUCCAGCUGUGCCCCGACUGCCACCGCAGCAGGCGGGAGGCUGACGGCCACGAGGGUCCGGCACGGCUACCUGAGUGCAUCCCUGGGCAAGACCACCACGUCGCGUCCCUCGUCCCCACGCAGUUCGUCCCCACUCGCGUCCUGACCCGGCUCUGGAAGCAGCUGCACGAGGUUCGGGCUAAGUUUGGCAUCGAGUCGCGUUGUCCCUGCGGGGAGGGGGCUGCGGAGCGGAGCCCGGCGGAGCCCCCGGGGAGCAGGCAGGAGCCGAUGGGGGCUGCGGUGCCCCCCCCCCCACCCAGCAGUGAUGGCCAAGCCAACACCUCCCGGCCCAUCAAGGAAGAGAGUCCCGAAGGGGCACCACCAUCACCGGGGCAGCCCCCCCCCCGGGGGGCCGUGCAGACCUCCACCCUCUGCGACCUCCUCGCCUCCACCGCCGUCAAGCUGUGCCUGGGGCAGGACGGGGUGCGCAUGGCCUUCGCCCCCGUCUCGCCCGCCUUGCCCAGCGACAACCGCCUGACCAGCAUCCUGGACAGCAUCAUCGCCCGUGUGGUGGAGAGGAAGAUCCAGGAGAGGCAAGCGGGGGGCGAGCUGAGCCCCCCCAGCCCCCCUGGUCCUCCCGGCCCCCCCGUCUCCCACUGCAUCCUGGCACCCAGCGGGCUGCUCUGGCUGCACGACCCCGGCCACGCCAGCAACUACAAGCUCUUCCAGGACCACUGGCGGAGGGGCCAGCCCGUCCUUGUUUCAGGGCUACAGAAGAGGCUGGAGGGGCGGCUGUGGGGGCCGGAAUCCUUCCGUCCGGCUCGGGGGGAGCAGGCGGUGGAGGCGGUGAACCUGCGGGCACCACCGGACCGCGUCAAGAUGAGCAGCCAGGAGUUUUGGGACGGCUUCGCCGCCAGCGCGGCAUCCCCAGAACCGGAGCAGGGCGGUGGGGACCUGCUGAAGCUGGAGAGUGGCUUUGGGGACAUGGAGGUGUGCCGGGCCACCAACCUGAGUGCCAGCCUGCCGCUGCCGGAGUACUGCGGGGCCACCGGCCACCUCAACCUGGCUGCCUACCUGCGGGGCCAGCGAGGCCGGCGCUGGUUGCGCCCGCGUGUCUGCGUGGCUUACGGCGUGCAUCCCCGGGACCGGACCAUCGGGACCAAAAACCUGACGGUGGAGGCGGCCGACUCCAUCAGCGUCCUGGUGCACGCCGCGGCGUGGCUGCCCGAGCGGCCGACGGCACGGCAGGACCUGCUCCUGCAAGCCGACGAGGAUGGCGUGGAUGCACUGCUGAAGGAGCGGCUCCGGGAUGCCGGCAGCCGGCCCGGUGCCCUGUGGCACAUCUUCCGUGCCGAGGAUGCCGGCCGCAUCCAGGAUUUCUUGAAGAAGACGUGCGAGGACCAAGGGCAGGAGGGGGCGGCCACGGCGGAGCCCCCCACCCGCUACCUGGACCUCUCGCUGCGGAGGCGGCUGCGCGAGGAGUGCGGGGUGAGCUGCUGGACCCUCCUCCAGUUCCUGGGGGACGCGGUGCUGGUCCCCGCUGGGGCUCCCCACCAGGUGCAGACCCUCACCGGUACCAUCAGCGUGGAGCAGCGGUUCCUUUCGCCGGAGAAUGCCACCCGCCUCUGGGACCGCAGCACCGAUCCCCCCGGGGCUGCCCCCCAGCUUCGUGCCCAGCUGGACGGUAUGAUCUUCUCCGCUGUGCGGGAGGCGGUGGGAGUCCUGCGGGGCUGCAAGUGAGGUGGCGGCGGCGGCACGCCGGGAGGAUGCUCGAACAAAGCCAGCGCUGCCGGGCACGGCCACGGCCGAGAUGCCACGGGGAGCCGGAGCCGGGCACCUCUCGCUUGGUGCUUUGCUCCACGAUCA